UAAUUAUUAGCCCUUGUAUGAAAAUUUCUGAAAAUGAAAAGUUUUGUCGUCAUUCAUUGGGUAGAAGAAAAUUCGUACUCACUCGUAUCUCUUAAGAACGUGGAGCUUGGGGAGAAGACCGUCGAUCAGGUGAUCCACAGUACAGUUAAUGUACGAGUCGAUAAGCAAGUACUCGAAGGUGUAGUGAUGGGUAUUGGGCCCAAGAAUCAGAUGAAGAAUAUGCAGAAUACUUUGGCAGAGGAGGCGGCAAACAAAUCGUUCUUGGAAAAAAGUGACAAUCUGGCAGCAAGUGUGGAGCAAGACAAGAACAAGGGGAACGGCACCCGGUCACGAAAAAGAAAUCGUCAAAACUCUGAAGGCGAAGAGGAGCAGCAUAGCCUGAUUCUUGCUCCAGGUUCCGGGACGUCUGAAGCUGCCAUCAAUAGAGAGGAAUCACUGUCCAACAACAACGACGAGGAGGUUGAAGUCAGUAGCCUUGAGGAAAGAAGAACAAAUUUACUGAAGGACCAACAAAUUGCUCUUCUUCUAAAGGAGAAUUUUGAGUUAAAGAAACACGUGGCAUCCUUAAAGAGAAUUGUCAAGCGAGCAUCGUCAACACCACAACCUGAAGGGGUAGACGAGGUUAUUGAAAUUGCGGAUGGGAUUUUCUUAAACCGUUCAUUGAUCGAAUUAUCGAAGAUCAGUUACAUCAACCGACCUUCCGUAUAGCGAAAGCUGUUGUUCGAGGGAGGAAUUUUCACGUUGGAAGAAAUUGCUUCUUCUUCUUUGACUGGAAAAGUAUCUCCACUAUUUCCAGCAACUCAGCGAUGUGCAAUGGAUCCUGUUAGAUUUGGAGCUUUAAAAGAAUUUACUAUUAGGACUUGCGGACUCAAACCAAAUUCAGUUGAGUUCAUUCUGUUUGAGCAAAAACUAAAAAACAUCCCUGGUGAUGCUAG